UUGUGUAUCGGAAUUGGCGGAAUCGUUGUUACGUGGUUUUGUUUCUCUAACAGAUCGUAUGGAAAUUAGAUUUCCAAAAAGCAGUUGUCAGUUUAUUGUAUUUAAUUCCACCUUGUUUCCUUUGGUUUUUUUUAUUUUUUUUUCGUUCAUAUAGGGCUCAUAAACUUGGUUUUUUGUAUAGAACUUGAGAUGAAACAAUGAAAGCAGAUGUUGCAAGCGCAGGAAUACGGAAGCAUAAAUUCAAAAUGGAAGUGAGAAGUUUCAGUGGAUCAACAAAAGAUGAAAGCAAUUCGCGCGAAAGUCGUCAGCAUGGCAAACAACUAACGGCCAAUAAAACAGUGACAGAGGAGAAGAGAAGUAUUAUUAUGGAUAGCAGUUUGGGUACAAUGAAAGAAGUCAGCGAUAGUAAUAAUACAGGCCAUAAGAAGCAGAAUAAUAUUUUUACGGUGAAUAACGCAAAUAGAAAAGCUGCUGGUUGUCAUUGGUACGCAUAUCUAACAAACCAAUCUUAUGAAUCCAAUGGCGUUGUUAACUUGGAAAAUAACCCAAUGCCAUCUUUAAGUCAACGACAAAAACGCAAAACUGCUCAGCAAAAUAAAUACGUAGCCAUGGAUUGUGAAAUGGUUGGUGUGGGUUACAAGGGCCAAGAAGAUAUGCUAGCACGUGUUUCUAUUGUAAACAAGAGAGGCGAAGUACUUCUCGACAAAUUUGUCAAACCCUGUGAAAUGGUAACAGAUUAUCGAACAAGUAUUUCGGGCAUAAGACCACAUAAUAUAGAAAACGGCGAUGAUUUUCAUGAUGUGCAAGAUCAAGUCAAAAAACUAAUUCAAGGAAAAAUCCUCGUGGGUCAUGGUAUAGCAAAGGAUUUAGGUGUGCUCCAAAUAAAACAUCCCUAUCCGCUCAUUCGUGACACCGCACGCUAUAAACCUCUGUGUCGACUUGUAGCAAACGGACGAACACCAAGUUUAAAAUGUAUUACACAUGCUAUUCUCGGCUUAGAUAUUCAAUCAGGGGAACAUAAUUCUAUUGAGGAUGCUCGUGCUGCAAUGAAAAUUUAUAAUAAACUAAGUUUUGACUGGGAAAACCAUUUUAGAAAGCAGAAGAAUCGUACGUAGAUUCCGGAGGAAUAUUGACUUGUGCAUGGUGGUAUGGAAGAUUUCAAACAAUUUGUAAUUUCUUUAUUGAUUUGUUUUAAUUAAUGUAAAUAGGGGUACAUUUCGCGCGAUAACUACCUUAUGUUUUCUUCCAUAUACCUUUUUUAAUCGUCCUUGUAAUUAUUAUAAUUUAUGUAAUGUAAUAAAAUGAAAUCAAUUCUCAAACUAAAUGCAAGAAAUAUUAGACACUAGUUGCUACAACUGAUACCUUUAUCAUGCAAAGUAAUUGCAUUGGUUUAUUGGCUUGAAUAAAAACAUCUAAUUCUUAUUAUGGAA